AUGUCCAGCCAGUCACCUUGUGGGGCUGCCAGCUGCUGUUCUGGUGGCUCCCAGUGUCCGUGCUGCCCCUCCUCCUGCAGCUUGGCUUGCUGUGUGCCCAGCUCCUGCCAGGCAGCCAGCUGUGUGCCCGUGAGUUGCAAGCCCGCUGUGUGUGUGCCCAUGAGCUGCAAACCUGCUGUGUGUGUGCCCCUCCAGUCACACACCCACCAUGUGCCAUACCUGCUGCUCCUCGGGCUGCCAGUCGGCCAGCUGCUCAUCCCUGUGCUGUGUCCCCACCACCAGCUGCUCACCCUCGUGCUCCAUGAGCUCCAGCUGCAGCCCACCAUCCUCCUGUAUGACCUUGCUGUGUCAGCCCAUGUCCAGCCAGUCACCUUGUGGAGGUUCCAGCUGCUCUUCUGGUGGCUCCCAGUGUCUGUGCUGCCCCUCCUCCUGCAGCUUAGCCUGCUGUGUGCCCAGCUCCUGCCAGGCAGCCAGCUGUGUGCCUGUGAGCUGCAAGCCCGCUGUGUGUGUGCCCGUGAGCUGCAAGCCCACUGUGUGUGUGCCCAUGAGCUGCAAACCUGCUGUGUGUGUGCCCAUGAGCUGCAAACCCGCUGUGUGUGUGCCCAUGAGCUGCAAGCCAGUUGUGUGUAUGCCCAUGAGCUGCCAGCCCACUAUGUGUGUGGCCCCCUCCUGCCAGUCUUCUGA